AUAAAUUGCAGAUAUCUCUCACUGACAACCUGCACAAUUCGUGAGAGAGAGAGAGAGAGAGAAGGUUGAAGAUGAGCAGCAACGAAACCACAGUGCCGGAAGCCUAUCCGAUGAACGGUGGAGAUGGCGCAUACAGCUACACCAAAAACUCCAAUUGCCAGAGAGCUGCAGCAAAUGUUUCAAAGAGUCUACUUGAUGAUGCAAUAGCAGAGAAGCUUGACGUAGAGGACUUCUCUUGCAAUCCAAGCAACGCAUUUCGGAUAGCAGAUUUGGGAUGUUCAGUUGGACCAAACACUUUCUUUAGUGUCCAAAACAUUCUGGAGGCAGUGAACCACAAGUACCAAUCCCAAUGCAUCUCCUCCCAAAUGCCUGAAUUCCAAGUAUUCUUCAGUGAUCAUGUUGCCAACGAUUUCAACACCCUUUUCGCAUCUUUGCCUCCGGAAAGGCAGUACUUUGCAGCUGGCGUGCCGGGAUCUUUCCACGGCCAGUUAUUCCCCAAGUCCUCGCUUCAUUUCGUGCAUUCUUCGUAUGCAGCUCACUGGCUCUCUAAGGUACCGGAGCAAGUGGUAGACAAGAACUCUCCGGCGUGGAACAAAGGGAAGAUUUACUACACGACCUCCCCUGAUGAAGUAGUUGAUGCUUAUGCAGCCCAAUUUGGUAAAGACAUGACAGCAUUCUUGGAAGCUAGGGCUCAAGAGCUUGUGGUGGGUGGAAUGAUGGUGAUAAUCAUGCAAGCCAUCCCAAACGGGACCCCUCCAUCUCGGAUUCCAAAUGGCAUCAUGUUUGAUUUUCUGGGGUCUACUCUCAUGGAGAUUGCCAAGGAAGGAUUGAUUAGCGAAGGAGAGGUGGACUCGUUCAACAUUCCAACAUACAACACAACUCCGAAGGAAAUGAUGGAGGUGAUCGAAAGAAAUGGAUGCUUCAGCAUAGCGAGAAUUGAGUCGACAAGCCCAUGGUCAAAAGCCGGUCAUAUGAUCAACGGGCCGGGACUCACAAUGCAGCUCAGAGCUGGCAUGGAGGGAGUUUUCAAAACACAUUUUGGAACUGAGAUAACGGACCAAAUGUUUGAUAGGGUUUAUGAAAAAAGUGGAGAACUUAUUCACAAAAUAGAAUCCAGCUGCAAAGAAGGAACUCAGUUGUUUCUUGCUCUCAAACGCAAAUGAAGCAACACAAAUAUUGUGCUAAACACUUUCUUAUGUUUAGUUAAUACUUUUCUUUUGGUAUAUCUCUUGAAAGCGGACUUUGUAUUUGACUAUUCUGCAUAUGUUUUAUUUCUUUUGAGUAAACCUAUUCAUUUGAAAGA